AUGAUGUUCGAAACUAAUCCUCUCCAAUUGUGGAUGAAUUUCACUCAUUUUCUCUUCAACAACAAUGAUCCCGUGAAUUUAUGGCAUCUCUUCAAAGAAUUGCUCGAAUUACAUGUUGUUUUCAUUUGUUAUCCCAUUCUUUCACUCAUUGCCAUUUUCGUUCAAACGUUUCGAUUUUUUUAUCAAUUAACCAAACAAGGUUUACAAAAUUCUGAAACCACAAAUCUUCCCAAAAUGGAUUCUGUUUGCAUUACAGGAGCAAGUUCAGGAUUAGGAAAAGCUCUCGCGAAACAAGUGGUCGUGUAUUGGCUACGACAAGCAUUCCUUGCAAGUGAGAGGAAAUCUUUUUCCAACACCACCACCACUGGCAUGACUUCGACGACAAGUGACACCACCACGAGCAACGAAUCGAACGCAACUUCUUCCACUCCAAAAACUGUCACACUCGUUUCCAGAAAUAGAUCCAAAUUGGAAAAAGUUCAACAAGAGUUGCAGAAAAUUGUCUCUGAAAGUGGGGUAUUAAGCUCCGAUUCCGUUCACGUUAUUGUUCGAGAAUGUGACAUUUGUGAUGAAAAAUUCAUUGAAAGUAUUGUCACAGAGGUGGAUUAUGAUUUAGUCAUUUGUGGUGCAGCGACGAAUUCACAAAUUUUAGCAAGAGAAAUGCAAAUCGAUCAAAAAGGAAUGGUCACUUCCACCGCCUCGAAUAGUGAUAAUGUGGUCAUUGAUGAAGAAGAUGUUCUCCGAAAAGAAUUCCAAGUGAAUAUUAAUGGAACUUUGAACACCAUUCUUCCUGCUUUGAAACAAGCUAAAAAGCUUCGAAAUCCACAAUUUCAUUCUCCCAAACAAAUUGCCAUCAUUUCCAGCUCGGUUGGAUAUUUUGGAAAAUUAAUGGGUCCUUAUGGCAUUACAAAAACUUUUCUAUUUGAAUUUUUCAGACUCAUGAAUUUCCUCAUUGAAAGCACCUCGAUGAAUGGCAUUCAAUUAUUAACUGAAAGUAGUUCAGAUCAAGUUCGAGUAUUCAAAGAAUGGACACGAAAGUUUGCCAAUUCACAUCAAGUCUCUUUUCAUGUCAUUAAUCCAGCAGGUGUCAUUGAUACUAAAAUGGGAGAGUCAAUUCGCAAUUUGGAACAAUUUCCAGGAAGUGUCCAUGCACAAAAUGCAGCUCGAAGAAUAUUGAAUGGUCUCUUGCAAGGACAACAAGUCAUUGAUUUGAGUCAUCCGUUCAUGUAUGUUGCACUUCGAUUGUUGAAUGCACUUCCAUUGAGUGCUGAAAGUCUCUUGACACGAGUGUUUCAAUUAGAAUUGUAUUCUUAA